UCACGUGAUGCGUGUAUCACCAAGAAAAGAAUGCUACAACUAUAACUCUAUUGUCUCUAUACCUAACCCCCUUCUCACAAUUGGGGGUUCCCAAAUCGCUUACGAUUGGUGCCCUAAUUUCAAUCCGAUCACAAUAAUUCCAUCAAAUUAGCAAUUUUCCACUCGAUUUACACCAAAUUACCUCAAUUUCCCUAUCAAUCUUCGUUCCAAUUGAACUUUUCACCGAUCAAUUUCACAUAAUUUCAGGUAAAAUUUCACUACUCAUCGAUUUGUUCAUCAAUUUCAAAUCUGUUUAAUUUUUUGCUUAAAUUUGAUCAAUUUGAGAUCAAUUUGAGAUGGAUGGAAACAAAGAUGAAGCGUUGAAAUGUCUAAAAAUCGGAAAAGACGCGUUAGGGUUAGGCGAUCGUGUUCGUGCCCUAAAAUUCAUUACGAAAGCUCAACGAUUAGAUCCAUCACUACCUGUUAAUGAUCUGUUAUCGAGUCUAGAAGAUGUUAACUCGCCGGAGAGUCCUGCCGCGGCCGCAGCUGGUGCCGGAAACAGUGAUGGUGUACGGCGUAGGGGUGAACCGGGCGGGUCGGGUUUAGGUUUGGGGUCGGGUUCGGGUCUGGGGUCGGUUACUCAGGAACAGAUUACAAUUGUGAGGGAGAUUAGGAAGAAAAAGGAUUAUUAUGAUGUGUUAGGGUUGGAGAAAUCUUGUAGUGUUGAGGAUAUUAGGAAGGCGUAUCGGAAGCUUUCGUUGAAGGUUCAUCCGGAUAAGAAUAAGGCGGCUGGGGCGGAAGAGGCGUUUAAGAAAGUUUCGAAGGCGUUUCAGUGUUUAAGUGAUGAGGAGAGUAGGAAACAGUAUGAUGUUUCCGGGACUGAUGAGCCGGUUUACGAGAGACAGAAUAGGCGUCGGGCGAACCAAGGGUUCGGGAACGGGUUUUAUUACGAAGGUGAUGUUGAUGCGGAGGAAAUCUUUAGGAACUUUUUCUUCGGAGGGAUGAAUCCGCGGGCUGCAACGCAGUUCAACGGGUUUAAUUUCGGUGCGGGAACGCGCACGAGAGCUACUCAUCACGAGUCGGAUGGGUUUAAUAUGCGAAGUUUGCUUCAGUUGUUACCGGUGCUUGUGAUUCUGUUGGUGAGCUUUUUGCCGUCAAAUGAGCCGGUUUACUCGCUUUCGAGGACUUAUACUUAUGAGCACCGUUUGGUUACGCAAAGAGGGGUUUCUUUUUUUGUGAAAUCGCGCAACUUUGAGCAGGAUUAUCCGGUACACAGUGAAGAAAGAACGCAGCUUGAAGGGAGGAUUGAACAUGAGUAUUUGUCGAUUCUUUCGCACAAUUGUCGGUUGGAGACGCAACGGUUGCACUGGGGGUAUCAGCGCAAUACGCCUAAUUGUGAUGCGUUGAAGAAGUUCGAUGCUGGUUUGGUUUCUUGAUUAAAGAUUUUCUGAUCCUGAUAUCGAAAAGUUCUCGAAGACCUGAGAAUAUGCGUGAAGGGAUCUUUCUCUCAGACUUUGGAUCUCGCAAGUCGGGUUGUAUUCUGCUAUCUGGGUUAUGCAGUGAAGUUGUAAAAGCAACUUCAGACAGAUUUUCUAGCCUAAACUUGUAUGAUCUUAAGUUUGAAAUUACAUGUUUACAGGCAUAAUAGUUGAACCAUUUUGAGCAACUUUGGACCGAGUUUGGAUUAUUUGUGUUAUAAAUUUUUGUAUACUUCUGUUCAGAUAAAUUCGGUACAUUCUGUUCAUGUUUGUGUU